AGGACAAGUAUCAGUUUCCAUAGAGACCAUCUACGGUGGAGGCGAAUGAACACUUAGCUAGCAUUAGCACAGAUACUACAACGAAAGAGAAGGAAGCACUGCGUCUUCUGCUGGACAGCGCUGGCAGAUCAAAAUGUCCUUUAGAGACUUAAGAAAUUUCACAGAAAUGAUGAGGGCCCUGGGUUAUCCUCGGUUGAUAUCUAUGGAGAACUUCAGAACCCCAAAUUUCACUUUAGUUGCAGAAAUCCUAAUAUGGCUGGUAAAGAGAUAUGAGCCUCAGAUGGACAUCCCAACUGAUGUAGAUACAGAGUCAGACAGAAUAUUCUUCAUCAAAGCCGUGGCCCAGUUUAUGGCAACUAAGGCUCACAUCAAGGUGAACACCAAGCGUCUCUACCAGGCUGAUGGCUACGCAGUAAAAGAGAUGCUGAAGAUUACUUCAGUGCUGUACAGUGCUAUGAAGACCAAGCAGAUGGCCCUGGGAGACCUAAUUGAGGAGGACAACAGCAAGUUCAAGUUUGACCUAAGCUCAAGGGUUUCAGAUCUUAAAGCAGCUCGUCAGCUGGCAUCCGAGGUCACAUCUAAAGGAGCAUCUCUCUAUGAUUUACUGGGAAAAGAAGUGGAGUUAAGGGAAAGGAGAACCGCAGCUAUUGCUAGACCUCUGGAGAUCAAUGAGACUGAAAAGGCCCUAAGAGCUGCCAUCAAGGAGGUUUUGCAAAGUGUUGAGGAGACAAAAGACAUGCUGAGCAACGUUGUUUCUGAUGAAACCAGUCUGGACGCUAAGAUAGAAAAGAAGAAGCAGGAGCUGGAGAGGAACCGGAAAAGGCUCCAGACACUGCAGAGUGUCAGGCCAGCCUUCAUGGAUGAAUAUGAGAAGAUUGAGGAAGAUCUCCAAAAGCAAUAUGAAACCUUUGUGGAGAAGUUCAGGAACCUCUGCUUCCUGGAGUCUCAGCUGGAUGAAUACCAUAGGCUGGAGCAGGAGAGGUUUGAGGAGGCUGAGAACAUAAUGAGGAUGAUGCAGCAUGAAUUGAGGGAGGAGGAGGAGAGGGAUCUGACAAGAAGUUCCUUGAAAGAUGAGGAUUCUGACAUGGACGUUCCAGAGGACGAAGGUUCAGACAGCGACAUGGACGAGAGUCGACCUUCUAAGCCGCGGCCCACACAAAACGGCAUCAUGGCAGGCAGAAGAGCUCGAUUCAUCGGGAACAUGCAGGGUGGUGAUAGUGAUGAGCCUUCUUUAGCUGUUUCCAGAAAGUCAAUCCCUCGUACCAAAAAACAACAGGAAGGAAAGACUGGAGACAGUGAGAUUGAUGUGGACGAGGAUGAUGAGGAUGAUGAUGAAGGCGAGGAGGAGGAGGAGGGCAAGGAUUUGGAAGACAACAUUCUGGAGGGCCCAGUGUCCAGGGGUGCUCGCCCCUCCAAGGGGAGCAUGAGACCGCCUCUGCUGGAGGAGAGCGACAAUGACUUCUAAAUGAACACAGAUGAGCUCCAGCUGUUUCUGUAUUCCAGCUCAAAUUAAACCAUCUAAUUACUUCUGAAACAGAUGCAUUUAUUAAGUUCCAUCAUGUUGAUACUGCAACAUAGACAAUCAUAUAGUUUGUAUUUUUUUGUAUUUGUGUAAACUGUUUACCAUAAUAAAAUAUUAGGAUUUAAUA